AUGGCGAAAAUGAAAAAUCGACUAAAGUUUCUAUUGAACUGUCGGAAGUGCAAACUGGUACCAAAGUGCUUGAACUAUAAAGUCGGCGUAAUGAUGCACAGCGCAAUAUCCCGCCAGGAACUGAAAAAACUGGAACACCGACAUAAAAUCAGAAUCAUCAGUGUGCUCGUUAGCGAUACGAAACGUCUUUUGGAACAACUACGUGGCAAAAAACACCAUCUUUGUGAAAAAAUCCAAUUUCUGGUAGACGAACAUGAUUGGGAAGAAAUACAUGAGACGGUGGAGAAGAGAGCAGCCAAUGUCUACAACAAAACGAAGCAAACCGAAAUAAAAAAAUUAAACAAUCUGAAAAGGAAAAAGAUAGAAGAGAUCAACCAUCAGACCGAAUGGAUAGAGAACACAACGAUCCACGAAAUUCCCGAUUAUCUAGAACGAACGCUUCUCCUGGGCCCCAACUUCAACAUACAACCCAAAAAAAACAUUCCGUAUGUUCGUCUCGUAGCGGACGUUGAGACAGCUAUAAAAAACAAACCAGAGGCCGACGACAUUCGAGCUGAAGUGUCUACAAUUGUUUCCAACUACAUCAACUACCAGAAUCAACCACGAACGAAGGAAAACGAAUGGAUACAUAAAGACAUCGUAAAAAGCCAAAAAUAUUUGCAAGAGAACCCAAAUCUCUAUGUGACAAAAGCUGACAAGGGAAAUAAAACGGUAAUAUUGUCAGCCAACGAGUACCACCAAAAAAUGACCACGAUGUUAAAUGAUACAUCGACCUACAAGCUACGAAAAGACAAUCCAUCGAAUAAAGUGUUAAAAAAGUUAAACACCAUAGUGGAGCAGUGGUGGUUAGACAAACACAUAGACUCAGCAACCAAGCGCAAACUUAAAGUAUACAACUGUAACCCACCGCGAGUCUAUGGACUUCCCAAGAUCCACAAAGAAAACCGUCCUCUCAGACCCGUUGUAUCCACCAUCGGCUCAGCAACUUAUCGUAUGGCCCAAUAUCUAUCAGAAAUUUUGAACAAUUUGGUAGGUAAAACGGAGUACCAUGUGCGCAACAGUUUCGACUUCGCAGAAGAGAUAUCCAAGGUGAGGGUACCGGAGGGAUUUGUACUCUAUUCGCUAGAUGUAAUAUCCCUCUACACUAACGUUCCGGUAAACAAGGUGUAUGAGUAUGUGGAGGAAAGAUGGAACGAGUUAGAGCACGAAACGAGCAUUCCCUGGCAAAGUUUCAAACAGGCCAUGCAGACGGUACUAGAAGCUUCCUUUUUCCAAUACGAUGGGAAAUGUUACGAUCAAAUAUUUGGUGUACCGAUGGGAUCCCCAUUGUCUCCAGUUAUUGCAAAUAUAAUUAUGGAAAAACUAGAAAAAGAUGCAAUAGAAAAACUAAAGCAUAAAAAUAUAUCGCUCACAGUAUACCGCCGAUAUGUAGAUGACUGUUUUUUAGUAGGACGAGAAAACGAAAUAGAAACGGUUAUGAAUGUGUUCAACGGGGAACAUAACAGCAUUAAAUUCACGGUAGAAAAGGAGCAAAAUAAUUGCAUCCGCUUCCUAGACCUGCAUUUCACUAGAGAAGGAGAAAAAAUAAGCAAGACGUGGUACCCUAAGCAAAAAACGGGUCGAUACCUUGACUACACAUCAGAGAGUCCGCAUAGCCACAAGAAAAACACUGUCAUCGCACUAUUUGACAGAGCGCUUAAACUCACAGAUGUAGAAAAACGGGAAGAAACCAUAAAAGCGGCAUCGGACAUGUUACGCUGCAACAACUACCCGGAGCAUUACAUUAAGCGUGUGCUUAAAGAUCGAGUAGAAAUACUUUACAACACCAUGCGAACCAGGAGAACAGACGAACGAACAACAAAAUAUGCAGCGAUGCCGUACAUCCCCUGUUUGAGUGAGAAGAUCGGAAAGCUUCUACGCAAAAAUGACGUCAUCGCAGCGUACCAGCCGAUGGACAAAAUAAAACACACAAUUUUUACCCGACUGAAGGACAAAAUCGCAAAAAUGCAACAAACAAAUGUUGUCUAUUCCAUCCCUUGCGGCGGCUGUGACAAUAGAGCGUACAUUGGACAAACAUCACAAACACUGGACAAACGCAUAACGCAACAUAAAAAUUUCAUACGCACAAGCACGUCGAUCACGGGUUUAACUCAGCAUGCGAUGGAACAUGGACAUCAGUUUGAUUUCUCCAAGACGCGUGUAUUGGAGAAAAUCAACAACGAAGCAAAUAGGCUGGCAGCUGAAACACUACAUAUAAAAAUUCGAGAGAAGAGCGCAGUGAACUUACAGCGCGACGCUGCCGGUUUCUCCUGUGCCUACAACGGCCUUCUCAACAAGCUGCGAACGACUCAACACUACGAGCGAGAGCGACAAAGAGAGACGCCACAUACGUGA